AGAAACCAAUCAAAUCUUUGUGAAAACGAAACAAAAACCACACCUCAAGAUUGUAAGCAAGUAACAGACUCUACUUAAGUGCACACAAGCCAGAUUAAGUCCUUCAGAACAGCUUUUGUAAUUGUUUAUGAGCAUCACCAUGCGUCAAAAAGAUCUGCGCCCAGCCCCCGCUCUAAUUGAGUACAAGGGCAUGAAGUUCCUAAUCACCGAUCGACCAUCAGACAUAACCAUUAAUCACUACAUUAUGGAGCUAAAGAAGAACAAUGUCAACACUGUGGUGCGCGUGUGCGAACCCAGCUAUAAUACCGACGAGCUCGAGACACAAGGCAUUACUGUCAAGGACCUGGCUUUUGAGGACGGCACCUUCCCGCCUCAGCAAGUCGUUGACGAGUGGUUUGAGGUCUUAAAGGAUAAAUAUCAACAAAAUCCGGAGGCUUGCGUUGCCGUUCAUUGUGUGGCUGGUCUGGGACGAGCUCCUGUCCUUGUUGCCUUGGCACUGAUUGAAUUGGGCUUAAAAUAUGAGGCAGCAGUGGAAAUGAUUAGAGAUAAACGACGUGGAGCCAUCAAUGCCAAGCAGCUGUCCUUUUUGGAAAAAUACAAGCCAAAGGCGAGACUAAAGCACAAAAAUGGUCAUAAGAAUUCAUGUUCUGUGCAAUAGAUUUCCAACACCAUAUGUAUAUUCCCACCAGACAAAAAGUGUUCAUUUUUUCAAAAAAAAAAAAAAAAAUGCAAGCGGAUAGAAAAGC